UUCUGCUGCGCAUUUGCCUGUUUUUUUUGCCUUUGUUCGCAGUGUGUAUUAGAAAACGAUAAUAGACUUUAGAAAAACUGUACGAUUAAUUGCAAAACGCCCAAAAAUUAAAUGUUUACGCAAUCAAAACUUCAUUAAAGUGCAUAUUACAACAAAAGAAAAACAACAAGAAAAGAAGAUAAACAACAACAAUCACAGAAGCAGAAUCAGUGGUGAGAAGAAGAAAACAACGGACUUGAGCAAAUAACAGACAAAAACAAUAACAAAAAAGCGAAAAAAACAGCACGAAAUUGCGCAUAUUUUCGUGGGUCGCAGCUGAUUUCACAUAUCAAGGUCAGUAAGAAAAAUGCUCGACCUGGAAAUUCUGCCCGAAAUCUCGCUGGGCUGCGAUGCCUGGGAAUUUGUGCUUGGCAUGCAUUUCUCGCAGGCCAUUGCCAUCAUACAAUCCCAAGUGGGCAUCAUCAAAGGCGUCCAAGUGCUCUACUCCGAUACGAAUCCGUUGGGCGUGGACAUUAUCAUCAAUCUGCCACAGGACGGCUUGCGUCUAAUCUUUGAUCCGGUUGUGCAGCGCCUGAAGACCAUCGAAGUGUUCAACAUGAAGCUGGUGAAGCUGAAAUACGGUGGCGUCUAUUUCAAUUCACCCGAAGUGCUGCCCAGCAUCGAACAGAUCGAGCAUUCAUUUGGCGCCACCCAUCCGGGUGUCUAUGAUGCAGCCAAACAGCUGUUCGCACUGCAUUUCCGUGGCCUGAGCUUUUAUUUUCCGGUGGACAGUAAACUGCAUUCUGGAUACGCACAUGGCCUAGGCUCGCUGGUGUUUCUCAAUGGCGCCUCGCCUGUCGUCUCCAAGAUGUCCUUGUAUGCGGGCAGCAAUGUCGCCGAGAAUCGAGCACCGUUACUACCGCUGUCCUGCUACCACCGUCAAAUGUAUCUAGAGUCUGCCACUGUGUUGCGCACCUCUUAUGGUCACACUAAGGGCCUCAAGCUGAAGCUGUUCACCGAAGGUUCAGGCCGAGCGUUGGAGCCGAAACGUAAGUGCUUCACACGUGAGCUGCUGUUUGGCGAUAGCUGUGAGGAUGUGGCCACGAAUUUGGGUGCACCGAAUCGCAUCUUCUUCAAGAGCGAGGACAAGAUGAAGAUACACAGCUCGAGUGUGAAUCGACAGGUGCAAAGCAAACGCAGCGAUAUAUUCUUCAAUUAUUUCACGCUGGGCAUCGAUGUGCUGUUCGAUGCACGCACUCAGACCUGCAAGAAGUUCAUACUACACACCAAUUAUCCGGGACACUUCAAUUUCAACAUGUAUCAUCGUUGUGAGUUCCAGUUUCUGCUCGAGAGCGAUCAUCCGCCACUAGCCACAGAGAGCGAGAGCAGCAAACAACUGGUGCAGCAUCAUGAUCAGCAUGUGAAUGUCACUGCCUAUACCAAAUGGGAUGAGAUUAGCGGAUCGCUGGCCACCUCAGAGCGUCCGGUGGUGUUGCAUCGUGCCAGCUCCACGAAUACAGCGAAUCCAUUCGGUUCAACCUUUUGCUAUGGCUAUCAGGAUCUCAUCUUUGAGGUGAUGCCGAACAAUCAUAUUGCAUCCGUGACGUUGUACAAUACGGCGCCGCCACGACAACCGGCACACUCCUGGCAACAGCACAAGAUGCAGGACAUUCGUCUGACUGUCGCCUAAGAAGAAUAUCGUGUGGAUGAUGAUGAUGAUGAUGAAGUAGUGUUGUAGUUUUCUGUGUGGUCGUGUGGGCUCUGUGACGCUUGAAUGUAUUUAGCUAUUAAGACACAAAAAGGCAACAACAAAAACAAUGAUCUAACCUAGACUCUAAUGAUUAGCAGUUACCUUACGAUUACAUAUAUAGUUUAAUAUAUAAAUAUAUAUAUUGUAUACACAUUAAUGCAUAUAUAGUAUUUCUAUAUAUAGCUAACUAAGCAAAUUGUAUCAGACUCACUGACCAUAUUAUUCUUUUCCCCCCUUUCUAUCUCUCUUCGUAUUCCUACUGCAUUAUUAUUCCAAUUACAUUGUGUUAACCUUUAACGACUCGACUCGAUUCAUCAUUACUGACAAUUAAUUAGCAAAACGUACUUUUUAACUUAUGUGCAUGUCGUUAAAAUAUCUAAAUAUUUUAAGCUCAACAAACGUGUAUUUCUCUUUGAAAAAGAAACAAAAAAAAUCAACAAAAAAAUAUAUAUAAAUAUAGCAAUAAGGUUUCGACAAAAACAAAC